AUGGAGAACGCUUUUGCAAGAUCGGCAGACCAGGUCCUGUCGACCUUAGGGGUGCAAUCCUCCACUGGCUUGACAGAUGCGCAAGUCAAGGACCAGAGAAAGAAGUACGGCAAGAAUGCAAUCGCCGAAGAGCCUCCUACGCCCCUUUGGGAGCUCAUCCUCGAGCAGUUCAAAGAUCAGCUUGUCAUCAUCCUUCUCGGUUCCGCCGCCAUCUCUUUCGUGCUCGCGCUCUUUGAGGACGAAGGUGGUUGGAGCGCAUUCGUUGACCCCGUUGUUAUCCUGACUAUCCUGAUCCUCAAUGCCGUCGUCGGUGUCUCUCAAGAGAGCAGCGCCGAGAAGGCCAUCGCCGCCCUCCAAGAGUACUCGGCCAACGAGGCCAACGUGGUACGGAACGAUGGACAUAUCUCAAGAGUCAAGGCUGAAGAUCUCGUGCCCGGUGACAUCAUCUCUGUGGCAGUCGGCGACCGGAUUCCUGCGGACUGCAGGCUGAUAUCCAUUGAGAGCAACAGCUUUGCUGUCGACCAGGCCAUCCUGACGGGUGAGAGCGAGAGUGUUGGCAAGGAUUCUGGCGCGGUCGUGACGGACGAGAAGGCCGUGAAGCAGGACCAGGUCAACAUGCUCUUCUCUGGAACUACCGUCGUCACUGGAAAGGCUAAGGCUGUUGUGGUCCUGACCGGUUCCAACACGGCUAUUGGCGACAUCCACGAGAGCAUCACUGCACAGAUCUCCGAGCCCACGCCCCUCAAGCAGAAGCUGAACGACUUUGGUGACAGCCUCGCCAAGGUUAUUACCGUCAUCUGCAUCCUCGUCUGGCUCAUCAACAUCCCCAACUUCAAGGAUCCGAGCCAUGGAAGCUGGGCCAAGGGCGCCAUCUACUACCUCAAGAUCGCCGUUUCCCUUGGUGUAGCCGCUAUUCCUGAGGGCCUGGCGGUUGUCAUCACCACCUGUCUCGCCCUGGGAACUCGGAAGAUGGCUGCCAAAAACGCUGUCGUUCGCAGCUUGCCUUCUGUCGAGACCUUGGGAAGCUGCAGCGUCAUCUGCUCCGACAAGACCGGCACUCUCACGACCAACCAGAUGAGUGUAAACAAGAUCGUCUAUUUGAACGAGGCCGGUACCGACCUUGAGGAGCUUGAUGUAGCGGGGACUACUUUCGAGCCCAAGGGCGAUAUCACUUACAAGGGGCAAGUCGUUCAAGAUCUUGCUCAGAAGUCGUCAACCAUUCGCCAGAUGACUGAAGUGGCCGCCCUCUGCAAUGACGCCUUGUUGGCUUAUGACUUCCGGAAUGGCUUUGCGAACGUCGGCGAACCCACAGAAGGUGCCCUACGAACCCUGACCGAGAAGGUUGGCCCGUGUGCGCCCAGCACCUGUGCACCAGAGGACCGUGUUCACUACGCCAGCGCCUGGUACGAGAAGCAGUACGAUCGUCUGGCCACGUUCGAAUUCUCCCGCGACCGGAAGAGCAUGUCUGUCUUGGUCCAGAACGGCGGCAAGCAGAAGCUCCUCGUCAAGGGUGCCCCGGAGUCUAUCGUCGAGCGCUGUACCAGUGUGGUUCUCGGAGCCGACGGCAAGAAGGUCCAGAUGAAUGGAAAGCUCUCAGAUCUCAUCAUGCGCGAGGUCACCGACUACGGAAACCGGGGUCUGCGUGUCAUCGCGCUGGCAAGUCUCGAUGACGUUUCAGGCAACAAGCUCCUGCAGUCCGCGAAGUCGACGGCUGACUACGCCAGCCUUGAGCAGAACCUAACUCUUCUCGGCUUGGUCGGCAUGCUGGAUCCUCCUCGUUCUGAAGUCCCGGUUUCCAUUGCCAAGUGCAAAGAGGCUGGCAUUCGCGUCAUCGUUAUCACUGGAGACAAUCGCAACACUGCUGAGAGUAUCUGCCGUCAAAUUGGUGUUUUUGGGCCACACGAGGACCUUCGAGGCAAGAGCUUCACGGGUCGCGAAUUUGACAACUUAAGCCCGCUGGAGCAGAUCGAGGCAGCCAAAAAGGCGUCCCUGUUCUCCCGUGUCGAGCCGAGCCACAAGUCUAAGCUGGUAGAUCUUCUCCAGAGUCUAGGCGAGGUUGUUGCCAUGACCGGCGACGGUGUCAAUGACGCUCCUGCUCUGAAGAAGGCUGAUAUUGGUGUCGCCAUGGGUUCUGGUACCGACGUCUCUAAGCUGGCAGCUGACAUGGUGCUGGCUGACAACAACUUCGCCACCAUCGAGGCCGCUAUCGAGGAGGGUCGCUCUAUCUACAACAACACCCAACAGUUCAUCCGGUACCUUAUCUCGUCCAACAUUGGCGAGGUCGUCUCUAUCUUCUUGACCGCUGCCCUUGGUAUGCCUGAGGCUCUGAUUCCAGUCCAACUUCUCUGGGUCAACCUCGUCACGGAUGGUCUUCCUGCCACAGCUCUGUCUUUCAAUCCUCCUGAUCACGAUGUCAUGCGCCGUCAACCCCGGAAGCGUGACGAGGCUCUCAUUGGAGGCUGGCUUUUCUUCCGUUAUUUGGUCAUCGGCACUUAUGUUGGUCUCGCGACGGUCGCCGGCUAUGCCUGGUGGUUCAUGUUCUACUCCAACGGCCCACAAAUCAGCUUCUGGGAGCUCCGUCACUUCCAUCGCUGUUCCACAGAGUUCCCUGGCAUAGGCUGUGAGAUGUUCUCGAACGACAUGGCCAAGUCCGCGUCCACUGUCUCGUUGUCGAUUCUUGUGGUCAUUGAGAUGUUCAACGCCAUGAAUGCCCUCUCAUCUAGCGAGUCUCUCCUGACCUUGCCGCUGUGGGACAACAUGAUGCUGGUGUAUGCCAUCACACUGUCGAUGGCGCUGCACUUUGCCCUGCUGUACACACCUUUCCUGCAGACCCUGUUCUCAAUUCUGCCGCUGAACUGGGCGGAAUGGAAGGCGGUGCUUAUUAUCAGCGCGCCUGUGAUCCUGAUCGAUGAGGUAUUGAAGUUCAUAGAGAGGUCGUUUUUCAUGCAGAAAUGGACGGAUUUCGAUGUGAAGAGGACCAAGAAAGUGGAGUAAAUGAUGAUCCGGUUGGAGGAAAAAGAAGAGCUAUAUUGCAUCAUACAGGCAUAGAAGGCGGUUAUGUACAGUCAGACUUGUACCAUUAACUUUAGAUCUCAGACAGACACCUGCUAUGCGGUGCAUCGUAUGAAUGCGCCGGUGAAUAGAAAAAAACUCCAAUCC